UUAAAUAAUUCUAAUUUUCAGAUGGAUUUAUCCAAAGCAAAUUUAAUGAUUUUAAUGUCGAAAGAUACUCCAUAUUAUGGAACUUUACUUACUCUUCGUGCGCUGGAAGUUGACAUUGGAAAAAUUGUAUCACUUGUUGAUAAUACUGCUCCUUUACAACAAGUGAAUAAAUGUGGUUUACUAUUAAAUGGAGUGAUGCUAAAUAAUGAUUCAUCAAUUGCUCGAUUUAUUGCGCAAAAUUCUUCAGAUCAUUUAUUAAAAAGAGAUUUAAAAGAACAAUUUCUAAUUGAGAAUUUUAUUUCUUUAUUUGAAUUAAUCAAUGAGAAAAGUGCAAAUCAACAGAUAAAACGUGAUGCAGAGAAACAGAUAAUUGACCUGGCUACACAAAAUUUAAAAAAUGGUGGACAAUUUCUUGUAGGAAAUGCUCUUAGUCUUGCCGAUUUAUUAUUUUUCAUUUUGUCUUCGAAUAAUUUAUUUAAUAAACAUUUUGAUAUGAUUUUACAAAAUAAACACUUUCAAUCUGUUCACAAUUUUGUUAAUUCAAUUAAAGUACAUCCUACUUCGUCUACACAAAUUUCUGAAAAUAAGAAUUGUGGCGAUAAAAAACAAAAAGAAAAUAAAAAACCGAACGAAGGCAAAAAAGAAAAUAUUAAGCUAAACAACAAAUUAAAGAUGAAGGGAAAUUUGUGGAACUUGAAGGCGCGGAAAUGGGAAAGGUUGUUUUAUUUACAUAUUGGACAUGCAAAAGCAGCAUUAUUAAAUCAAUAUUAUCAACAAACAUUUAAUGGCAAGUUAAUUUUGAGAUUUGAUGAUACAAACCCUGCCAAAGAAGAUGCACAUUUUGAAGAGGUUAUAAUUGAAGAUUUGAAAAUGUUAAAAAUUCAACCUGACCAAUUGACACGUACAUCUGAUCAUUUUGAUUUACUUAUUAACUACUGUGAACAACUUUUAAAAGAUGGGAAAGCUUAUGUUGAUGAUACAGAUUCUGAAACGAUGCGCAAAGAGCGUGAGGAAAGGAUUGAAUCAAAAAAUAGAAAUAAUUCACCAGGAGAAAAUAUGUCUUUAUGGAACGAAAUGCUUUUAGGAACUGAAAAAGGUCUGGGUUGUUGUGUUCGAAUAAAAAUUGACAUGAAAAACAACAAUGGAGCUCUGAGGGAUCCAACAAUUUAUCGGUGUAAAACUGAACCACAUUUACGUUUUGGAGAUAAAUAUAAAGUUUAUCCGACUUAUGACUUUGCGUGUCCAAUUGUUGAUAGUAUUGAAGGAGUAACACAUGCUCUUAGAACUACAGAGUAUACUGAUCGUGAUGAACAAUAUUUCUUUAUAUGCGAUGCUUUGGGAAUUAGAAAACCUCAUAUUUGGGCAUACGCGAGAUUAAACAUGACAAAUACUGUGAUGAGUAAAAGAAAGCUUACUUGGUUGGUUGAUGAACAUUUAGUUGAUGGAUGGGAUGAUCCUAGAAUGCCCACUGUGAGAGGUGUUAUGCGUCGUGGUUUAACAGUAGAGGGACUUAAACAAUUCAUUUUAGCCCAAGGUGGGAGUCGUUCGGUUGUUACUAUGGAAUGGGACAAAAUAUGGGCUUUUAAUAAAAAGGUUAUUGAUUCAACUGCUCAUCGCUAUACAGGCCUUGAUAUGGCAGAAAUUGUACCAGUUAAAAUUAUUCAACAAAUAAAUACUGAAAUUCGUCAAAUACCUUUACUUCCAAAGGAACCAGAAGGUUCAAAAAAGGAUGUUUGGUUUGGAAAAGAAUUAUUUAUAGAACAAAUCGAUGCAAAGUGUAUGAAACCUGGAGAUUCUGUGACAUUUAUAAAUUGGGGAAAUAUGCGUAUAAUAAAAGUAAUUCUUGAUGAUAAAACUGGUAAAGUCAUUAAUGUUGAGGCUGAAUUGGAUUUAGAUAAUAAAGAUUAUAAAAAAACACUUAAAGUAACUUGGCUAACAAAUACAGACCCUAAAACAACUAAUUUUGUUGUUAAAACUGUUAAAUACAACCAUAUUAUCAACAAAGACAUUGUAGGAAAGGAUGAAGAUUGGAAGGCAUUUGUUAAUCGUGAUGGUAUUCAUUAUAAUUCUUUAUUGGUGGAGGAAGCAAUGAAAAAUGUGAUAAAGGGUGAAAUUAUUCAAAUACAACGAAAAUCUUUUUAUAUUUGUGAUUCAAAAACAAAUGAAAGUCUUGUAUUAAUUGAAAUUCCUGAUGGUAAGGCGGUAGCUUCAACAAAGAAAUGA